CAGAAGGCGGGACCUGCCAGAAUACGGGUUGGGGGGAAAUAACGCAUGAAAAUCGGAGAAAGUCGCAGAAACAUCGACACGGUAGUGUUCGUUUCAACAGCUGAAUUUUAUCAAACACACAGACAUGUCAGACUUUAACGACUCUUUGAACGAUGUAUCCAGUGACAGUUUCUGGGAGGUGGGUAACUAUAAGCGUACAGUGAAGCGUGUGGAUGAUGGGAACAGGUUGUGUAAUGACCUGAUGAACUGCAUACACGAGCGUGCACGCAUUGAGAAGAGUUAUGCACAGCAGCUCACAGAGUGGUCCAAACGCUGGAGACAACUCAUUGAGAAAGGACCUCAAUAUGGGACAGUGGAACGGGCGUGGUGCGCUCUCAUGACUGAAGCCGAGAAAGUGAGCGAUCUGCACAUGGAGGUGAAAGCUGCUCUGAUGGGUGAAGACUUCGAAAAGGUGAAGAACUGGCAGAAGGACACAUUCCACAAGCAGAUGAUCGGCGGAUUCAAGGAGACCAAAGAGGUGGAUGAUGGCUUCCGCAAAGCCCAGAAACCCUGGGCCAAAAAACUCAAAGAGGUGGAUACGAUGAAGAAAGCAUACCACGCUGCCUGUAAGGAGGAGAAGAAUGCCACCAGUCGAGAGACUACAAGCAAACUUGAGAACAACAACCCAGACGUGCAGAAGAAACUGCAGGAGAAGGUGGAGAAAUGCCAACAAGAAGUUCAGAAGAUGAAGGAACGCUAUGAGAAGUCUCUGGAGGAGCUGGAUAAACUAACCCCUCAGUAUAUGGAGAACAUGGAGCAGAUGUUUGAGCAGUGCCAGCAGUCUGAGGACAAGCGACUGUGCUUUUUUAAAGAGUUGCUAUUGAACAUCAAAGAGCAUCUCGACCUCUCCACAAAUCACAAGUACAAGACUGUGUAUCACACACUCGAAGACACCAUUCAAGGAGCUGACGUAGAGGAAGACCUGAAGUGGUUCCGCUCGAACCACGGCCCGGGAAUGCCCAUGAACUGGCCUCAGUUUGAGGAAUUGUCCAUGGACUUGAAUCGAACGCUCAGUCGACGAGAAACGAAGAGAAAGCACAAUGAUGAAGUUACACUGAUGGGAAUCAGUCAAACUGGAGAUGAAGUUUUAAAAACCAGCAGCAGCUUGACUGUGCCCUCUAGCACAGAACCAGUGUGUGCAAACCCAUUUGACGAUGAGGAUGAUGAAGAUGAAGAUGCAGCAGUCCUCAACAAGAGCAGCCCUCAAAAUAUCACAACUGAACAAGUGAUUGCCAAAACUGCCAUUAUUGUGGAGAAGAAUGUUGAUUGUUCAGAUGAAGAGACGGGGAAUCCUUUCGCGAUCUCAAAUUCUAAUGGCAAUCCGUUUGAUGAGGAGCCGUCUUCUCCUGAAGUGUCCGAACCUGUUCGCGCUUUAUACGACUACGAGGGGCAGGAGCAGGACGAGCUGAGCUUCAAAACAGGAGAGGAGUUCACUAAAAUCGGCGAGGAGGACGAGCAGGGCUGGUGUAAAGGAUGUCUGUCUAAUGGGACAAUUGGACUCUAUCCUGCCAAUUAUGUAGAAAGUGUUCAGUGAGCGUGACCGAUGAUUGUAUUUUGUGCCCGUAGAGAUUCUAACUGAAUGCUCAUCUGUACACUGAUCAGACACACGCACUACAGACAGUCAACUCUUCCUUACUGGCCACUGAUCAGCAUGAAAGACAGUCAUUAGAGAACAAUUAAUUAGAUAAGUCUCAUCUCACCACGUAUUUAAAACAAAUCACAAUUAAUAUGUUCAAUAAAAUUGCAAUAGAAUUGUGGAGUAUAAUCUUAAAGAAUAUGGAAAAUACAGGUUUUAAUGCAAAACUAAAGCAUGACAUUCACGUUGCACUAUUGUAUUCUUAAAUUUAAUAUUUUUCUUCACUUGAUUUUCUGAGCGGAACAUCUAUUGUCACAUUUAACUGCCAUUUUACAGUUUCCUUAGAUUAGGAAAAACAAGCGUUCCUCUUGCCAAUCUCCAUGAUUCAGAGCGAUAGGCGCUGCUCAAGGUUCAAAUUCUAAAUGUCUGGAUCGAAUGCUGAAUUAACUUUUUUUAGAAAGAUAUUUUUUUAAAUGCUUCUUUGAUUUUCAUGAUUUAAGUGUAAAAAGCAGUCAAAUCAAAAUGAUUUUAUUAUAUUUACCUGCUUCUUUCAAACGGCCCUCGUUGACAAUAAUAAAACAGAUGAACAAACUUCUAUAUAAACCACACCAAGAUGGCGUGUAAUAUCUUCAUUUGACCUCUUGUGUGUACUCACAUUGUUUUAUUUUAAUUUCUCUGUUAUUGUCGUUUGUUUUAGGGGUCUCACUGUCGGCUGUAUGCACUGGACAAUAUGCUGUAGUUCAAUACUAGAACAUGAUGAAUCAUUGUGUGGAAACCUGCCUCAUAUAUAUUGAGUUUCUCACACAGAUAGAGCGACUACAGAAGUGAGCAUGUAUAUAGCAAUAUCCAGCACAAAUUGAAAGGAAAUGGGGUGUUAUGAGUUUAAAUAUAGAGGAUUGUUAUGAAAUAUGCCUCAAGUGCUUUGACUAAUGCUGUGAUUCACAGUCAGAAUGUAUAUGAAAUGAGCGCUGUCAUGUAUUCAUUGCUUUACAGUUUUAUAGAUAAAUUUGAAUACCCAACACCACCAAACCUCUCCGGUGGUCUUUACAUUGAGAUAUGUGUGUGUAUGAGCGCAUGUGUGUGGGCGCGUGUUUGUUAUCGCACGUGUGUGAGCAUGCGUGUGAGCGUGCGUGUGAGUGAGUGAGUGGGUGUGUAUUGUGAGUGAGUGUGUAGUGUGAGUUAGUGUGCGUGUGUAGUGUGAGUGAGUGAGUGAAUGUGUGUGUGAGUGAGUGAGUGAGUGAGUGAGUGUGUGUAGUGUGAGUGUGUAGUGUGUGUGUGUGAGUGAGUGAGUGAGUGAGUGAGUGAGUGAGUGAGUGAGUGUUGCAAUAUUCUCACAUGGAUAUUUUUACCAAUGAGCAAUACUUGAAUGAAAUGGACAAGUUUAUAUGGAAUUAAUUGAAUAUUGUUGUACAUGUGGUGACAUGUUCAGUUUGCAAAAUUCAGUCACACAGUUAGGAGUUUAUUUCAUUUUUGAUAUUGUCAAAUUGGCAAUAAAUAAACAGAAGU